GGUUCACAUAUUGGGCAUAUUCUCUCUCUCAAAAAAAAAAAGUAUCAUCUUGCUUCUCUCUGUUUCAUUCCAAAUCUUCUUCUUCAUCACUUCAUUGUAGUAACUAAAGUAAUACACUUCAAAGGAUUAAACCCCUUUUCUACUUCAAAUUUACACACACGUUCAUGCCUGUUUGUGUCCAUCCGGCAGCUUCUCUUCUUAGCUAAGCAUAUGCAUCGAUGAUACUCCUCCAGUAUUAGGGUUUCAUCCUACUUUGGAUUCACAAAAAGUUCUUACAGACAGGCAGUCAUUAAGUCAAUGACUGCCAAAGAACUUAUGAGUCUCAAAAGGUCAUCAAACUCAGCUAGAACCCUAGAGGGUGUGAAUGGGGUGCAUCUAGCAGCUCAUUCACCUUUUCAAUUGGAGGAGAUCAACUUACAUGGUGAUUCUAAUCAGUCGACUAUUCAAAGUUUAUCCGUUAGAGCUACCCAACAUCUUAUGGUCAAGAGGGUAUGGGAGCAAAGACCAGCAUUCCUGAGGCCAAUUCACUGUAACUGUAAUGGUGAUAAGAACCUUGCUGAAACAGUUGCAAAUGUGGUCACUUCAAUUCCUUUUGUUGCUCUCGGAAUCCAAGCACCAAAGAAAAAUCUGAACUGCCGACUCUAUGCGAGCUCAUUGAUUGGCGUAGGAAUAGCAUCAAGUUUGUACCAUUCAUCGAGAGGAAAAUGGAGGAAAUAUCUGAGAUGGGCAGACUAUAUUAUGAUUGCCACCUCAACAGUGUGUUUGUCAAUGGCACUAAGGUCUGAGAAUCCAAAGUUGUUAAUGGCGGCGUCUGCUGUGUUUCUUCCGGUUCAGCCACUAAUGGUUUCAGCUGUUCAUACUGGAAUGAUGGAGGUAGCAUUUGCGAAACGAGCAGUUGAAGAUCCAAAUCUAAGAGUGGCUCAUAAUGUGCACAAGAUGUCAUCGCUACUUGGAGGUGCACUUUUCAUUGCAGAUGAAGUAUAUCCACAAGCCCCGUUUGUUCACGCUGCUUGGCAUCUCGCUGCUGCUGUUGGAGUAGGAACAUGUAACAAGCUUCUUGAGCCCUAAUAGUGUGUCAAGGUUAGUGGCUAGCUCUCAUUCUGUUGUAACCUAUUCUUUGUAGGCAAAUCUCAUGACAUUGCCAUAGCUAGAUGCACCAAUUGAUCAAAAGAAAAGACCUAAUGUUUCAUGAAUAUUGAUCAUAUUAUUGUUAAACAAGUGAUUCGGUAACUAGUGAAUCAUUUGGCCA